AUGGACUCGAUGCGCAGUCUAAACACGUCGCUGCCCUCGGCGCGGCGACGCCCGCAGCCGCCCGCCCAGCUGCUGCAAGCCUUCAAGACGGCCGCGCUGCAGGUCACGAACCUGUACAAGGCCGCCGCCACGGACCGCGAGCAGGCCCACGAAGAAGGCUACCAGGCGGCCCUGGAAGACAUGCUGAGCUUCCUCGACAACGAGAACCUGGGCGUCCAAGACGGCGAGGGCUGGCGCGUGCGCCAGUGGGUGACGGAGAAGCUGCAGGAGGGCAUGGGCAACCACAUCGACAGCGACGACGAGAAUGCAAACACCGGCAACAACAACAACAAUCACAACAACGCAACCCACCGCCAGCACGACGAUGAUGACAAAGCCGCCCGCAGCAGCUCGUCGCCCGUCCGCCGUAGCACUACCGAAGAGCCUGCCGUCGCCGUUUCCGCCCCUCCGCCCGUCCCGUCCUCGCUGUCGCCCGAGCCUGCCGCACAAAUAGCAACACCAACAACCGCCCCCGAAACACGGCCCGCCUUCGACCCCACCGCCCUGCCCAAAGCCGACUUCACUUUCCGCGCCAACCAAUCGCUGCCCGCGCAGCAGCAGGCUGACCUGGACAUGGAUCCGGAGCCGGAAAACGAGGGCGGCGAUGCCACGACGCCCAUGCAGAUUAACGUCUUCCCGCGGCACCACGGCCGAGGCACCCACCACCACCACGCCCACCGCGGCAGCAACACCGCUUCUACCCGGACCAACCACGCCAGAGAUAGCAGCCGCAACAAUGCCACCACCGCCGCCGCUGUCGCCCAGAUUAACAACCUCGGCCAGGGCGCAGGAUUGAAGAGGCGGGCGCCGUUUGGUGAUUUCUUCGAUAUCACCGGAGUUGGCAACGGGAAGGAUAUGUUUGGGGGAGGAGGAAAGAGGGGGAGAUUCACGUAA